GUCAUGCCUGCUUAUCCACACACUACAAUAGCUUCAGCAACUCGACUGUGAGCAUGGGAGUGGCAACCAUGUAUAAGUCACUAAAAUGACCAACUAACACAAACAUUUUACAGCAAACUGACAGACAUAGAAUGGGAGAGCGAAUAUUACAAAACCAUGUUCAAUUCAGCCGAUACGUUGUCAAUUCGUUUCUUACUUGAUUUAUAUGAUCAGUACUCACACAUGGCACGGAUCACUGGGACCAUUGGUUUGACAUCUGACCUCGAUCCAUUAGAAGUGACGGGAGGCCGACUUCUCCAACCCACAAACCCCAACCUUGGCCCAGCUUCAAUGUAUUAUGAUAAGACAGCAGAGAAGUUGUAUCUAGAUGUAUGCAUGAGUUUUGAGGGAGAAGUGGACGGUAACUUCGAUAUCCCUGGUGAUGUCCACGUUGGAGUGUUGGAAACAAAUUGCGUAGAAUCAAUAGAAAAUUGCAUCACACCAUUACUUAAUGGUGGACCCCUCCCUCUAGCUGAGGGGGCGUGGUACAAUGUAUUUGGGGGCGUGGUCAGUGUGACUCUUGUUGAAGCCGAACCUGAUGUCUCAAUGUCAAGGAUUGUUCUGUAUGCUGAGGAUAAAGCAGGGAAAAGGACAAUAAUUGCAAUGGAACCCGAACAUGGGAUACAAAUAGGUUUGACAACAAACCUUGCGAUUCGGUUGAAUGUCGGUGAAACAUCCACAUAUGGGGCGUUUGUUACAAGCUUUGGUGAACCAGUAGUUGGGGCAACUAUGGAGAUUGGGGUGAUUGCUGCUGAUAGUUCCACGGAUUGUAAUCGGGCAACUUGUUUUAAUGAACUAUCCGUACCCCUUGAUGCAAUAUCAAUGACAAUACCAAUGUCUACGGAUACAAAUGGAAGAACCUCAGUAGAUGUAACAGCCGUCAAGAACCCAGGCAACCCACGAGGUUGUGGAUUAGAUGGCCAACUAUAUGUGGUCAGGUUGUUUUAUAAAUAUUUGGACCCCAUUGAACCAACCAACUUAAAGAAGGCAGUUUGUUAUUUCAACCCAUCAGCCACAGCAGGAGAUCCCAAGAAAGCAGAAUGUGAGAAUGAUGGAAGCAAGAUAGUUAACAUUGGAACCCUGCAACCCAUUAUUAAGGUUUAUGAUGAAGUUGAAGUAAAAGAUAAACCAACAUGGUUUGAUGUUAGAGAUAUUUUCAUCCAAUAUUACAACCUGUACCCUGUUAUGUGGAAGAAUGGGAUAAUAGACUUGCAUUCAUACAAAGACAUCAAGAAAAAUAAAGCUAUGUUGGAAUACGCGAUGUUUGAAUUAAAUAUCUCAGAUCCAAGGCACAUGCCGGUUACGCGUGACUUAUCAGCGAGUAGAAAAAAGUUGAUCAAAAAUUGGAUGGACAAUGGAAUGCCGUAUAGUUAUCCUGGAGAUCCUACAGGCGAUACAUUAUUCUCCUGCGCUGCUGAAACCAUCCCUGUUAAAAUAACUGAGCUCCAACGGUUGGGUCAAGCGGCAAUCAUCACUGAGUUAACCACUAUACCCCCUUAUGUAACUGCAUGGUUGAGUUUGCAAACAGAAUUCGGUAGAAACGUUGAAGUUGCUGGGAUUAUAAAGUCGGUCUUUGUGGAAGAGAUGCUUCAUAUGUCGCUGGCAGCUAAUCUUAUUAACUCUGUUGGAGGUGUAGUUAACUUGACAAGCAUGGCGUUACUUCCACAAUACCCAACCCCACUUGGCAGUGGAACGUUCUUUGACUUAAUGCCCGGCGUCUACGUGUCAAUCGAGCCGUUGUCGCUGGGAUUGGCACGCGACUUGUUUGCGAAGAUUGAAACACCAGCAACUGAGCAAGAACAGAAGAUAUUUCACUCAAUGGCAGAAAUGUGGAAGCUUUUGUCAACACAAACAGGAAGAGACACUCCCACAUCUAAGAACAUGAGACUAUUGUUGAACGAUUACCAAAAAGUUCGGUUUAAACGAAAAUCCCCGCUUAAAAAAGCAAUGAAUCAAAAUCUAACGUCAGAUAUAGUGUGGGACCUGAUUUAUGAUUUCUCUGUUAAAAGUUUGAAAGAGUUGUCAAACAAACCCACAAACACUAUUGGGGCUUUUUAUCUCAGGGUAGCUUUGUUUGCGGCUAUGGUGGAAUCUUGCGCUCAGAAAAACGCCCUUGCUAACCCUUCAGCUAACCAAUCACCAACAAUAUUUACAGGUGAUGUCUCAAAACAAGUGGAUAUGAACCAAUGGAACAAUCCGGAGGACCAACCUGAUAUUACAAACCCAGCAGAGCCAAGCCUUAAUAGUGAAGGGUCAGGAAGUAUCCCAAUAAGUUCAUUAUACCAACCCCUGUUUCCUGUAACUGACUUGCAAAAGGCAAUUGAAGCAAUUAUAGAGAUCGUAUACCAAGGGGAAGGGGGCAGCCAGUGCACACCAUUUGUUGGCGAGAAGACACAAGAUAACCCAACUCCAGAGAUAUCGCAUUAUUAUCGGUUUCUUGAAAUCGCGAACCAGAAAAAGAUCGUUAAAAUGAAAGUGCCUGUUGAGUAUACAGCUGGGUUGACAUGCAUGAACCUUACUGGGCAUGAUUGCCAUAAUGACCUUGAGUUAGGUGAGAAUUAUUGCUUUGGGGGGCCGGCUAUUCCGUUCCGGGAAGAUGGGGUUUGGCCAUUGGUACAUAACCCACAAAACGGGAUGUACGUUAAGAACACAAAGGCUUGGAAACUUAACAAGGAGUUUAACAAUGCUUACACAACCUUGCUUAAAUGUUUAGAGAAAGGGUUUGGUACAGGCUCCAUGUAA